GCUUUGGCAAAAGCAAAUAAAAAAAAGUUCAGUCUGAGUGCUAGGAGUAUCAGCAGAUGGGACAAACACUCACAUAUUUUACAGAAAACAGCCUGGCGAUGCAGAACGCCCCACUCAGAUGAAGAAUUUUACAUACUCCUCGAGUGACACUUCUAAAACUCUACAGCUGUUCAUUUGAGUUUUUUCUGCACUGAUUAGAAAGCUGAUAAAACGUUGAGAAAUGAUUUCACUCAUGGUUCUGAUUUGGGUUUUUCCAUGUGUAGCCAAUAACCUGCUCACCAGUUCUGCAAAAGGGGAUUUACGUUAUUCCAAAGGCAACUCUGAGCUUCUCUGCAGCAUGCCAGGACCCCCUGGACCACCUGGAGUUCCAGGUCAUCCUGGAUCCACAGGUACUAUUGGAAGAAUGGGCUUUCCAGGCAAAGAUGGCAAAGAUGGAAAGGAUGGAGACAAAGGAGAAAAAGGAGAUGAUGGUACUCCUGGUAGAUUUGGAAAUCCAGGAAAACAGGGUGGUAAGGGUAAGCAGGGAGCCAUUGGACGAGCUGGCCCACGAGGUCCAAAAGGUAUUCGAGGUGAUCCUGGGACAGCGGGGGAAACCGGAAAUAAGGGACCAAAAGGAAAGAAAGGUGAUACAGGGAUGCCUGGACCAUGUACUUGCGGCUCAAAAAAAGCAAAGUCAGCAUUUUCUGUUGCCGUCACAAAAAGUUACCCCAGAGAACGGCUACCUAUUAAGUUUGAUAAAGUUCUUAUGAAUGAAGGAGGACACUACAAUUCCACUAGUGGGAAAUACAUAUGUAGCAUACCCGGUACUUAUUUCUUCACAUACGACAUCACCCUGGCAAACAAGCACUUGGCUAUAGGACUAGUUCACAAUGGCCAAUACAAAAUCAAGACUUUUGAUGCCAACACUGGGAACCAUGACAUAGCAUCAGGGUCUACCAUUCUUCCUUUGAAAGCUGGAGAUGAAGUAUGGCUACAGAUUUUUUACUCUGAACAGAAUGGACUUUUUUAUGAUCCAUACUGGACAGACAGUUUAUUUACAGGUUUCCUAAUUUAUCCAGAACAAGAAUAUCUUGAUGAAAAGAAGGAUAAUAAGAACAUGAUAAAGGAAACCGCAGGUGUGAGCUGAACUGCACAGAAUAGGCAGUCUUGCCAAUGCAAAUGUAUUUUUGAUUUUCUGUAAAGAAACCAGGAGUUGUAAACUUUAUGUUGGUAGAAACAUGUAGCAGUCAAGCUGUUUUUAAGUGUCCAGUAUGCUCAAGUUAAACAACAGUUAGUACUAUGUGAAAGGCCAUUUUUAUCUAUAAGUGACAAGAAAAGUGAAGUUUCAUUUACAAGUUAGCAAUAAGUAAAUUUAAAAUUCCUUUAAAAUAAAUUGUAAAUGUGAAUAUCA